CUAGUAAAUACUACCUAACACGUACCAAGCACAAGAGACGCCCCUCAGUAAUUUGUAUAAAUAAAUCAAGAAUCAAGACCUUCUCCAUCUCCAUCUUCACCUUUCAUCUUUGAUAUUCUCCUCAACAAUCACACACAAAUCAACAAAUGGCACUCAAGCUUCAUGGCCUUCCCUUUUCAACAUGCACCGGUCGUGUCUUAACCAUUUUCCAUGAAAAAAGCUUGGAUUUUGAACUCAUCCCUGUCAACCUUCCUGCUGGAGAACACAAGCAGCCUGCUUUCCUCGCCAAAAAUCCCUUUGGACAGAUUCCAGUGCUAGAAGAUGGUGAUCUUACUCUUUUUGAGUCUAGAGCUAUCACAGCAUAUGUGGCUGAGAAAUUCAAGGACACUGGUGCCGAUCUGAUUAGGCAUAACAACCUGAAAGAGGCUGCAUUAGUGAAGGUCUGGACAGAAGCAGAGUCUCAGAACUUCAACCCUGCAAUCUCUGCCAUUGUCUUCCAACAUUUGGUGGCGCCAAUAUACGGCAUGACACCAGAUCAAGCAGUCAUUGACGCCAACCUCGAGAAGCUUGCGAAAGUGCUGGACGUGUACGAGGCUAGGCUGAGCAGCACCAAGUACUUGGCUGGUGAUUUCUAUAGCCUGGCUGACCUUCACCACUUCGCUUACACUUUUUAUUUCAUGAAGACUCCUUGGUCUUCAUUGAUAAGCCAUGUUAAGGCUUGGUGGGAGGACAUUUCUUCUAGGCCUGCUUUCAAGAAAGUGGCUGAGGCCAUGACCAUGGGACAGAAGUGAAUGAAUAAUGGAAACCAGAAAACUGCUACUAGGUUUAGGGUUUAAUGGAUAUUUGGAAGGAGGCAGACUAGAAUUCUCUCUCUCUCUCUCUCUCUCUCUCUACUGGAAUAACCAAUAACAUUAUUGUGGGGUUGCUUUUGUUGAAUAAUCCAUUAUGACACUCUAUUUUUGGGCUCAA